GUCUCUUACUUGUUCUCUUCUUCUCCGAUUUCAAAAACUCUCAAAAAUCAAUAACAAUGGAUUCAAUCGAUUUCGACGAAAACGUGAAAACAGAAAAAUCAAAGGCGUCGUUGCAUCGUUUCCGAAGCAUCGGUUUCUUCUUCCGUGCGACGGAGAUCUGCGUCGCUCUUCUCUUCGUCUGUUGGAUAUUCACUUGUCUUCCUUUCGCCGUUAAAAUCUCCGGCGAGUUUCUCCGUCGUCUCGCUUGCUUCAUUUCCACUCCUCUCUUCAUGUUCUUCCUUGGUAACUCCAUCGUCGUCGCUCUUCUCACCACCAAAUCCACCGUCGCCGGUCGUUCAAUCUCAGAGACUGAUAUCUACGAAGCGUUUAUCAGAUCUGGAGACAAUCGCGUUAAUUCGUCCGACGGAGAUCUAACGGAAGAAGAGAUCAUCGUCUACGAUGAUAAACAGAUGAUAACCACCGCUGAAACAGAUUCAAACUCAAAUCCCACGGUGGCGCGUGUAGAUCACGAAUCUGAGAAAGACUCAAAUUCAAAUCCCACGGUGGCGCGUGUAGAUCACGAAUCUGAUAAAGACUCAAAUUCCGUUACAGAUCAUCCUACAAAGGCUUAUCGACGAAGCAAAUCGGAAAUUUCAGCGAAACAGAGUAUCGAAACAUUCACUCCGGCGAUCGGUGACGGAAAAAUGCCGGAAAAUCAUCGAAUCGUGCAACGAAAGUCCGGUUGACGAGAUCAUUCCGGAGGAUCACAUGACAAAUGAAGAGUUUCAAAAAAC